UGUGGCAGAACCAGGACCACAGCCAGAUAUUGUAAGCCCCCACGGCCGAUUGUUUCCCAAUCUUUUCUUCUUUAUCUUCCAGAGAUCUGCUUCGACCUUCUUGUUCAACUUGAUCCCCACCUGGUCUCACUCCCUAGCCUCAACUCUUACACUCUUAGCGCACGCCUCCCAACCGUUUUUAUUUUGCCCAGUCUUCAGACGAUCCAGCACAAGCAACGAUAAUCCACCACAACCCCGCGGUUUUUAAUACUAUUUUCAAAAAAGGCAGCAAAAAUGGCGAUCAAGGCCCUCCUCUUCGACUGCGACAAUACGCUCGUGCUGUCGGAAGAGCUCGCCUUUGAGGGCUGUGCGAGCCUGAUCAACCAGAUCUGCGAGGUCAAGGGUCUCAACAUCCCCCCGUUCACGGGCGAGACGUUGAUCAAGGAGUUUGUCGGGCAAAACUUUCGCGGCAUGCUGCUGACGCUGCAAAAGAAGCACGGCAUGGACCUGACGGCCGACGAGCUCGAGGUCUACGUCAAGCGCGAGGAGGAGGUGGUCAUCGCCAAGCUCAAGGAGGCGCUCGUCCCCUGCGAGGGCGUGACGGAGCAGCUCGAGGAGCUGCACAAGUCGGGCAAGUACACCAUGGCUGUCGUGUCGAGCAGCGCCGGCCGCCGGCUCGAGGCCAGCCUGGAUAAGGUCGGCUUCAAAAAGUAUUUUGACGACCGCGUCUACAGCGCCGCCACCAGCAUCGACCCGCCUACCAGCAAACCUGACCCGGCCAUCUACCUGCAUGCCAUGAAGCAGCUCGGCUUCGAGGCCUCCGAGUGCGUCGCCAUCGAGGACUCCAAGAGCGGUACCUCGAGCGCCUGCCGCGCCGGCAUCAAGACGGUCGGCUACGUGGGCCCGUACGAGGAUUCGGUCAAGCCCGAGAUGGAGAAGACGCUCAAGGAUGUUGCCGGCGCAUGCAUCAUCAUGAGGAACUGGGCCGAGUUCCCUGAUUGUCUGCGUAAGAUUGAGGCCGGUGAGGUUUAAGCGGGGGGUCUAAUGGCAUUUUUGUCUUGUGUGUUGAUAGAUUGGGGGGGUGUUGCUGUGAUGACUUUGGCAACAGUCCUCGCCAUUUACAAUACUACACUAAAUAUCAGUAAUACGGAGCUUUAGGCCAAGAAUAGGAAUGCAAAGCACACCGUGAACAUCACAUUGGAAGAAAAUUGACAGGUUUAAUGGAAGCAUGCGCGGGUGAUGCCACUGUAGAGCCGGGGCGUUGGACUGAGAAGCGGACACUAUGACAUAUACUGUAACAGCGCUGAUGGUAGUUUCAAUUUGUAAAUCUCUUGGCUCU